AAAGUAUAGUGUGAAAUGGCCAGCAACGAUGCGAAACCAAAUUUCAUGGAAUACAUACUGUUGUCUGUUGAUAUUGACAAUAAGAGUACAUUAAAUGAUGACUUUUACCAUGAAAAAUUGCCCAACAUUUAUGAAGGAAUUGUGCAAUCAGCAAAGAAUUGUUGUACCACCGAUUCAGUGAAGAAAUUUUUUCCCAUAACAACAUGGUUACCGAAAUACGAAUUGAAUUUCCUUAUAUCGGAUUUUGUUGCUGGUCUAACAGUGGGUCUUACCGCUAUACCACAGGCAAUUGUUUAUGGCACUAUAGCAGGAUUAACGCCACAAUAUGGAUUGUAUUCGGCGUUUAUGGGUUGCUUUGUUUACAUAUUUCUUGGCACUUGCAAAGAUAUAACAAUUGGUCCCACCGCUAUUAUGUCAAUUAUGGUACAAGCAAAUGCAUAUAAUGCUGAUUUUGCUAUAUUAUCAUGCUUUCUCGUCGGUUGUGUUAUUCUUUUAAUGGGUAUUUUGAAUUUGGGCGUACUUGUACAAUUCAUAUCCAUACCCGUAACAACUGGAUUUACUAUGGCCGCGGCAAUAACGAUUGGUAGCGGUCAAAUUAACAACUUGUUUGGCAUUUCAAGUCCCACGAAUGAAUUCCUAGGCUCCUGGAUCUAUUUUUUUAAGCAUAUCAAUAAAACGCAACUUAAUGAUGCUCUUCUGGGCAUAAUAACACUGGUUGUGCUGCUCGUCAUGCGCAAAAUCAAGGACCUUCCUUGCGCUUACAAAACCUUAACCAAGUAUAUAUCACUAUCUCGUAAUGCCUUGGCAGUAUUUGUCGGCAUUAUACUUUGUUAUUUUCUCAGUCAAAAUGAUCGUUUGGCGUUUCGUGUUAGUGGUAACAUCGUACCAGGUGUGCCACCCUUUAAAGUACCACCAUUUCACACUGAAAUCAAUGGCACAUAUAUUGGAUUCGAAGAUAUGAUAGAGGAUUUGGGAGCUUCAUUGAUAUCCAUUCCGCUUAUUGCCGUGCUCGAGACUGUUGCUGUUGCAAAAUCAUUUGCAAUGGGAAGAAUUGUCGAUGCCUCACAGGAGAUGAUUGCACUUGGUAUUGCUAACAUUUUGAGCAGUUUUUUCUGUUCAAUACCCGUAUCAGGCUCAUUUACACGCACAGCUAUAAAUAAUGCGAGUGGAGUUAAAACACCACUUGGUGGCGCAAUUACCGGAUUAUUAGUUCUGAUGACGUUGGCCUUCCUUACAACAACAUUUUACUAUAUACCAAAAGCAACCCUUGCAGCAAUCAUUAUAGCAGCUAUGGUGUUCAUGGUGGAAUAUGAUAGGAUUGCAGAAAUUUGGCGUUCGAAAAAAUCAGACAUGAUACCGUUCUUGGUAACAGUGCUUUGUUGCCUCUUUUGGACACUCGAAUAUGGCAUGGUCUGUGGUAUUGUCGUAAAUAUAUUGUUUAUAUUGUACAAAAGUGCAAGACCUACAAUAGUUAUUACCAAAGAAAAGCUCCAGAAAGGCGUUGAAGUUGCAAUUGUGGACAUACAAGAAAACUUAACCUACUCAUCGGCUGAAUACCUUAAGUCGAAAGUAGUGAAAUAUGCUACCAAAUAUGAAAUCAAAAAAGUUGUAAUACGAGGUGAAGAAAUUCAUACUAUAGAUUCAACAGUAGCGCUGAAUAUUCUUGGCUUAAAACAAGACCUGCUUGGUCAGAAUUGUGAGCUUAUAUGCUGGAAUUGGCAAAUAUCUUCAGCUGGCGUUAUUUGUCGUUUACAUCACGAAGCACGACGAAUGUUUAAAUUCAGCGAAACCAUUCAGGAAAUUAUACCAAUGGAUAUGCAAGAGAGUACUAUGACGAUGCAAACAGAUUGUGAAGCAGUUACGAUUCCAUUGUAAAAAAAAAUGCAUAUACAAGUUUUAAUAUAAAUUUAGUUUUAUAAAUGAAAUGAUAAUUAUUCAUAAAAAUAUACUGCAAUUAUUAUCCAAUUUUUGUGUAUGAAUGAACUGAAAUAUAUGAGUGUAAAAUAUAAAACCA